CAGCAAAGUCCAACUUGACAUCCUCAUUGAACUUCACUCUCCGUUUGGAAUUGACUACAUCAUGCUUCAGGCUCGUCUGUUCCCACGAAUAUGCACAGCGGCCGCGUCUCCAUCAUCUGCCACGACGCCGCUCCACACGCGGUACGGUACAAGACUGAGCAGCUCGGGCUUACAGCACAGCGCCAUCCUCGGUUGUGCCUGUCCCACGGCCCACAACUUGGACUCAUGAACGACGAUUGUUCUGGGAAACAAGGGGCGACACAAACCUCCUAUAAGACGAGUUAGGAAAAUGCUGCCGCGAAAGCAGAGUGGGAGAGAGAGGGUGUUUAGCUCGUCGCCGGUGUCUGGGAGGCGGCGAGGCCCCAACGCCCCCAGUUUUCUGCCGCUGGCUGUGUUGGCUUUUCCCUUUUUCGGUCCAUGUGUCUGUCCCUCACAUCGCUCAAAACGGAAAAUGUUCUCUCGCGACACUCAACGAUGGAGGAGAAUAGAUUUCCUGUUCUUCUUGUUUGCAACGAAUCGCACGCGUUCGCCCACUGCUUCAGCGUCAAAUUGCCUCUGCCCUGGGUCGGUGGCAAUUGCUGAGGGAAUGUUUGCCGAUUUCGGUCAGCCGCUCCGUGCUUAUUACUGUCCGGGAAACCUACUGCGCUGUUCCUGUCGCUUCGUGAAGACCUCUAGUCACAAUGGCACGACGACAAAUUACAACCUUUUUGACAUAAGAGAGGCUGCUGCACUGCUCAUGACUGGAGCUCGUGAGUUCUUUAUGAUGACAUCAUGCCUUCAAAAGCUCCGAAAUCGUCACAGUGUGGCGUCGGUUGGACGGAAUGCACCCUAUACCACCAGCCACACUCCUGUAUGCAGAAUGGAUAUAAUACUGGCUGUCCAGACGGCGUAAUAACACCAUGGAUACCUUUGUUUUCUCCAUGGCACCGUCAUCUGCAAUCAUUGAUUCGUUCAUGGCUGCAUAUGUUUGGAAACGCGACGACAUUGUGGAGGUAUGGCACAGUGACCAUUAAGCCUUGCCUAAUUUGAGACAAAAGUAAACGUACCAUAAUUAGUUGAGAACAAGAGCAGGUUCAAGUGGUUAUCAAGGUAAGUCCGUGCAGAUUGCUUUUACAUUUAGUACAUAUCUUCGUCCUGUUGCCAAGGCGCCUAUGGCACGCGUCACUGGAGUCACUAUGACGAAAUC